CUGUGUACUUGUGUAGUAAAUGGAGUAAGCUGUGUGUGAGAUGUGUGAGAUUAAUGAAUCAGACAAAAAUGUCUUUUGAUAAAAAGUUAUAUGGGCUUAUCGUUCCUGAUAAAACAAAACAUCAGAAUCCCAUUUUUCAGGCUUCAAGAAAUAUAUUUGGAAAUGAUUCUGAAUCAGAGGAUGACUCAAAUAAAAAACCCGUUUUACUGCGACCUAGUGAUAAUAUAAACAGACAGGCAAAAAUAGCACAAAAUAAAGCAAUUUCUGACGAUCCAACAGUUUUUUUAUAUGAUGAAGUUUAUGAUGACAUGAAGACUAAAGAAGAGGAAAAACAUGAUAAAAAGAAAAUUGAUAAAAAGCCAAGAUACAUUGAGAAUCUCUUAAAAUCAGCACAGAAGCGGAAGAUAGAAAAUGAAAGAAGAAUUGAAAGACAAAUCCAAAAAGAAAGAGAGGAUGAAGGCAGUGAGUUUGCUGACAAAGAAAUAUUUGUUACAUCAGCAUACAAAAAAAAAUUGGAGGAAUUAAAACUUGAAGAGGAAAGAGAAAAAAGAGAAGAAUAUUUGGAAAAAAUAGGAGAUGUUACUAAACAGGGAGAUUUGGGUGGUUUUUAUCGACAUCUGUAUGAACAAAAAUUGGGUUCAGAUAAUAAAAAAGAACUAAAACAGCAAGAAAAUAUAGCUGAAGAAUAUAAAAUAGCAAGUGAUUUGGAUGUUAUUAAUGUAGAAAAAUCAUGCCCGGCUGCAGCUUCACCAAAAAAGAGGAAUUACAGAAAACGCAAAUCUUCAAACGAUACAAAGAUUCUGCUGUCAGAAGGUGAAAUUGAAGAUUCUGAUGAAGAAAUAAACCGUCUUAAUCUUGAUGAUAUUAAAAUGGCUAAGAAAUGUAAACAAAGCAAAGAAAAUCUAGACUCAGAUUCAGACUUUUCAAUUGAUGAAUCAAGUGAUAAUGAUAUUUCUACAAGAAAUGAAGAAAAAAAUGCAAUUAUUAUCAAGAAUUCUGAUAGUGACGAAAAAAAUGCACAAAUAAACACAAAUGUUUUAACAUCUAUUGAAAGUAAUAAUGCAGAUAAUAUUUUGAAUCAACCUAAGCCCAAAAUUGAUAUUUGGAAAAAAAGGACUGUGGGUGAAGUCUUUGAACAGGCUUUGAAAAGAUAUUAUGAAAGAAAGGCAUCUAGAGGUGUUUAAAUUGAUCUUUUUAGUAAUGUCCCCACCACAGGCACAGGACCUUCCCUUGAAGUAAUUGAUAUAUCUAGAGGAUUCGCAUUAACCUACCAUGCUUAGCAGACAAAACUAGUUAAUCACUAAUUAGUUAUAACUUGUUACGCAAUAAAGGAAUCCACAAUAAUGCACCCUUUUGAAGUUAUCUUAGCAAGUAGAAAAAUGCUAUAUAGGUAUAGGCACUUCCAAUACGCGGUAUUAACAACAAUAUUAAAUACCCUAGAUACACCACGUGCGGUCAAAAUGUGUCCUAUG